AUGUCAUUCAAGGCAACUAUCACUGACUCGGGAAAGCAGAAUAUCUGGUUUCGGGCGAUAUACGUGCUAUCUACAAUCCAGGACGAUAUCAAGAUUACUGUAACCUCAAAUGAGUUGAUCGCGUGGUCAAUGAACGAAACGGACACUACACUUUGUCAAAUUAGGUUUGAGAAGACCUUUUUUGAGGAAUAUGAAUUUAAACCACAUGAAAUCGUUUUUGGAGAUAAUGGGGUUCAAGUUAUAGAAGAUGCAUAUGGAAAUAAUCACAAGCUAUAUUCCUUCCGUACUAAUGGGAGGCAUCUAACGACCAUAUCGAGAAAAACGGAUGGUGAUGGCAUUAAAUCAUUCACCAUUGCAGUGAAUAACACCUCUACAUGUCCUGAAUCGCUCGCAAACAGAUUAAUUGUAGUGAUUGAGAUGGAUUCGCUAAUAGUAAAAGAAUACAGUCCUCAAUUCCAGCCAAUAAAGUACGAUCCUAUCAUAAUCAAUCUUAAGUAUAAAAGGAGGUUUUUAGAUGUUUUUGGAACCGCAGCAUCCGAUCGGAAUCCACAGGAGCCGUUGGAUCCUAAACUAUUAGACGUUUUUAAAAAUACUGAACGUGAGCUAUCAUCGGCUUUAUUUAAUGAAGAAGUAGAAUCAGACAUACGUAAAAGGAACCAGUUGACGGCUGCUGAUGAAAUCAAUUAUGUUUGUUGUAAUUCAACCUUGUUGAAGAAUUUUUUAGAUAACUGUAAUAUCAAUGUAACUGAUGAAGUGAAAUUGGAAAUUAACGUACACAGGUUAAGCAUAACUGCGUUUACCAAAGCUGUUUAUGGAAAAAACAACGAUCUUUUGAGAAAUGCAUUAAGCAUGAGUAACACAAUUAGUACGCUGGACCUUGAACAUUAUUGCUUAUUCACGACAGUUGAAGAUGAAAAACAAGAAAGGCAAUCACGUUGUAAACGAAAAGAGCAUAUGAAAAGUAUAAUAUUCAAACUAAAGGAUUUUAAAAACUUCAUAACGAUAAGCCCAUCCUGGAAAAGUACCCAGGGUGGAAAUGAUAAUAUAAGUUUAUGGUUUUGUCACCCAGGAGAUCCUAUUCUGAUACAGAUGCAAAAACCGGGCGUGAAACUAGAACUUGUUGAAGUUACUGACAGUAAUAUAAGCGAUAAUGUAUUAGGAGGCAAAUUUAUAAAGGCAGCCACCUCAGAUUCGAAAGAAGUGGCUGAACAAAAAGAUAAUAGGGAAAACUACGGAAGCCCACUAAGAAGUAGAACCGCUCUAAAAAGGGAAAAUCCGCCACAUUCGGUUAUCGGAGCUCGAGGAAGUCCAUUGAAAGUAUCAUCGCUAGUUCCUGAUAGUGUUAGCACCGUUACAAAGAGAUUUAAAAAUAACACGGCGAGAAAGUUAUUUGUAGAAGAACAAAGUCAGAGUGUUACUUAUGGAAAAGAUAACCUGUUCGAGCAGGCCGUUUCAGUUGAUUCAAACAUGGAUCAAGAACAAAAUAUCCGUAAUCAUCAAACUCAUAAAGCUCUUUCACAUAAUCAAACUAACUCUUCAAAAAGAUCUGUAAACGAUGUUUGUGAUGGGGACGUGGACUCUACCCAACGAUCUACCUUUGCGAAAAGAGCAGACACUACAGUGACGUGGGGCAAAAUUUUACCAACCGCAGAUGAUGAGAUUCUAGGCAGCAAUUUUAAUAGCAAAGAAAUGCUCAAGAAAGAAAAAUUGAAACAUAUGCAAGGCCUCAUGAAUUUCAAGAAUGACACAACUGAUUACCAAAAAAGGGAUAAUGAGGAGGAGGAAGGUGGGCUGGGUCUCACACAAGUGGAAAAACCAAGAGGUUUAUUUGAUUGA